GUGACCCUAAUCGUUGCAUUAUAAAACACAUAUACGAACCAAAAAGCCAACUCGUUUGUUUAUAUUCUACUCCAAACUCAAGACCUUUCCCCUUCCUUCUUCUCUCUUCUUCAAUCUUCAUCGAGCCACACAAAAGAGAUUUUUUCUGAUAAUCGAUAUAUUCAUGGCGGUUUCUCCACAAGCAUUCCCACCCAGAAAGCGGCGACCGUCUGCCGGAGCCUUUAUAUCUCCCAAAUUCUCCGACCAGAGCCUCCUCCACUCCCUCCUCCUCCUCUGCCAAGAAAUCUCCUCCCUCGAAUCCCGCGGCUUCCUUCUCAGACGAACCACCCUAUCCAUGACUCGAAAGGCCAAGCUUCUGGCUUUCCUCUUCGAAGACCUAGCUCGAUCUUCGAUCACCUACCUCUCUCCCUCAGCUUUGUUAUGCUUCCAAGAAAUGUACAUCCUUCUCCAGAGAAUCCAAACCCUCAUCGAAGACUCUUCCAACGGCAGCAAGAUGUGGCUUCUGAUCCAAAACGACUCCCUCGCAAACAGCUUCCACGAGCUAACUCUUGAUCUAUCCACUUUGCUAGAUAUUCUCCCCAUCAAGGAGCUUAACCUAAACGACGACGUCGAGGAAGUCGUCGCCUUGCUCCGCGGUCAGUGCGCGCGAAGCAGAGACGCCUUUGUUGAUCCUAAGGAUGACAAUCUCCGACUCGAAGUCUGCUCCAUGCUCGAUCGUCUCAAAAAGGAAAUCAUCCCAGACCACUCCAAGCUCUACGAGAUAUUCAUCCAGUUAGGUAUUCUAGACUCUUCGAAUUGUAAAGAAGAGCUAGAGUCUCUCCAAGACGAGUUUCAGAACCAAGCCGACGACAAAUUCAAAUCCCAACUGGUUUCCCUCAUCGGCCUCGUCCGCUACGCCAAAUGUGUCCUCUUCGGCGCUUCAACUCCAAGCUCCGAUCUCACUCGCCUGAAAUCAUCCUCGGAGCUGAAUUUCCCGGUGGACUUCCGGUGUCCGAUCAGCUUGGAACUCAUGCGGGACCCUGUGGCCGUGUCGACCGGUCAGACGUACGAUCGUGAGUCAAUCAAGCUGUGGAUCGAGUCAGGUCACAACACGUGUCCCAAGACAGGUCAGGCCCUGGCCCACACGAGCUUGAUACCGAACCGCGCUUUGAAAAAUCUUAUCGCCAUGUGGUGCCGCGAGCAGCGAAUCCCUUUCGACCACGCUGAGGGCAAAGAUAAAGUCAGCGCCGUCAAGAAGAACAAGGCGGCGUUGGAAGCUACGCGGAUGACCGCGUCGUUUUUGGUCAAUAAGCUAUCCCUUGCGGCCCAGUCAAUCGAGGCUGCCAACGUGGUCGUUUACGAGCUCCGAAGUCUAGCCAAGACUGAUUCCGAUUGCCGAGCCUGCAUUGCCGAAGCUGGAGCCAUUCCUUUGCUCGUACGUUAUCUGAGUUCGGACGUCGGACUGGAUCACCCUAACCUCCAAGUUAACGCCGUCACGACGAUCCUCAACCUUUCGAUACUUGAAGCCAAUAAAGCGAGAAUUAUGGACACUGACGGAGCCUUAAACGGAGUCAUUGAGGUGCUCCGGUCUGGUGCGACGUGGGAGGCCAAGGGCAACGCGGCGGCUACGAUAUUCAGUUUAUCCGGUGUGCAUGCGUACAGGAAGAAACUAGGGAGGAAGGGACGUGUCGUGAAGCCGUUGGUGGAGUUGGCCAGGGAGGGACCCGGGUCUUCCAAGAGGGAUGCAAUGGUGGCAAUAUUGAAUUUGGCGGGAGAGAGAGAGGCGGUGGCGAGGUUGGUGGAAGCCGGGGUGGUGGAGAUGACGGUGGAGGUAAUGGAGGGGCUACCGGAAGAGGCGGUGGCAGUGUUGGAAGUGGUGGUGAGAUGUGGCGGGAUAGUGGCCAUUGCGGCGGCGUAUGGUGCGAUUAGGCAUUUGGGGGUGGUGUUAAGAGAAGGGUCGGAUAGGGCGAGGGAGAGUGCGACGGCAACUCUUGUGACGAUUUGUCGAAAAGGGGGGUCGGAGAUGGUGGUGGAGUUGGUGUCGGUUCCGGGGAUAGAGAGGGUAAUAUGGGAAUUAAUGGGAACGGGGACGGCGAGGGCAAGGAGGAAAGCGGCAUCGUUGUUGAGGAUUCUGAGGAGAUGGGCGGCGGGAAUGGAGGGUGAUCAUGUACCUGAAGGUUAUUCGACUGUUGUGAGUUCCUCAACGACUGCAGUCAGUGCAAUGGUGUCUAGCUAAAUUUGAUUCAAACGUGUAAAUCACAAUGAUGAAUUUUUCUUUAUUUUUGUUUGGUGAACGAUUAAUGAAAUAUCUCAUUCAUUCAUUCAAUAUUAGUAGCAAUCAUGUUUUGUUAUAGAUGGAAAGGAAUAUGAAAUGUACCAAAACAAUUGUUGGAACUUGUAAGCAUUAUCGAUUUACAACUAGUGGAUCUAGGAAUUAGAAUUCCGAAACAUUAGCAAUUAGAAACCAUAGUGAUUUGUUUGAAUCCCUUUGGUUUCGGCAGUGAAUGAGACAUUUUAUUAGAGAUCACAUAUAUAACACGUUUGUUACACGGGACUGUACUGCUGUAGACCAACUUACGGAAUCCACAUGGAGUUAUCCCACGUUUGGUGCAACAUGGACUCUCCAAGACGAGUCUUCCGGAAUCCAUAAUUCACCCGACACGUUCUUACGGAAAGACACCAAAAACCAUGGGGCUCUGUAAGCCUUGGUUCUAUCUCCCCGCCUCAAUUAACUCAAUCAUUUUUUUCAUCAUUCUCAGAACCUCACCACCUUCUACUCCUUUGUAGAAUGAGAUUUGAAUUUUGGGUUGAUGCGAAUGAUCAAUUUUACUAGUUUAAAUUUUA